AUGGUAUUUAAAGUACAGAAGAUCCCAACCAUCUUCCCAGUUCUGCCCGUUACGCCAGCCAUCUCACAUUCUCCGACGCGCCGGGGCACAAUGCCAGCCACAUCGUCAGUUAGGGAUGAAGCCCCUACAUACACCGCAGAGGAUUUACUCUCCCUUGAUGAUGACCAGUUCACAGAAUUUUUGAAGCGCUGCGAACGCCCAGAGGGCGGAUAUGAUAUUUCAAGCGCGUCAGAUCUCCACUUGAUGGUAGAGUCCCGACGACAAUUGCUUUUCGAAAGGUUGAGAGCCGCCCUGCAACAGCUAGCGAAAGCAACUGAGCCUGCCCCUCUCGAUAUCGAUGCGCUCACAAAACGCUUGGUCGACGUUGCUGAAGGCCCAAACACCCCUCGUAAAUACACCCGACGGGGGUCGCGCGAUAGGGACACCCCGUCCCCCUCGUCGUCUCUUGACAGACGCGUCUUGGCCAAUGACAAAGAGAUGGAGUUGCUGCGUCUUGAGGAGCUCCUUCAGCAUGGUGGUAGGCCUGUGGCUCUCGACAUUGCGUCGCUGACUGAGAGUGAGCGAAAGAAGCUCCCAUGGUUGAGUGGCCCAUGGUUCCGAGAUCACGAUUGGUCCAGCGAUGAAGUGCCCACGAUUUUUGCCAUACAAGCCCAUCGCUGGUGGGACUUCAUUAAAUGGCAGGUGGAAAAUCGAAACAUUGAGGAUGGAGAUUAUGGAUUCCCCCAGUACCUAGAGGCACAGAGGCGCCAAGGUUUGCGAGAAUUCUAUCCACAAUCUGGUCCCGAGUAUGACGAGUCAACCGCACGAAUGUGGGAGAUGGGUCAUCAAAAUUACUGCGAAAUCCCCGGCGGAAGUUUUUCAGCCUACCAAGAAGCAGUCAAGAAACGUCUGGCAUCUCACAACUUCACUCAGGAGUUUCGAUUGGAAGACGACCCGCGUCAACAAGAUGCCUGGACAACAUGGGUUGAGUAUCUCAACUUUGAAUACUUUGAGACAGAUAGGCUCGCUGCUUUGUUAAUGAUCUUGGAACAAGAUUACAUCGCUGCCUGGGAUAAAUUCUUGAUUGCGGAUUCGUCGACGUAUGACGAAUUUGGCAGACCAUUAGCUCAACCAGAAGAUAACUUUGGGGCCCUCCAACAGCGGAUAGACAUUUUUAUCCGAGACACUGACCUGUAUCGAAGCAAGGAGCGCUUUUUUCGCCACCAACGCGUCUUGACGCAAUGGAUCCUUGAGCAGUUGAGUUUAAUCGAAGUUGAGACCGAGCAACAAUGUACAGCUAAAGACUGUAGCCAAAGCAAGCCUCCGACCAGCAAGAAAAGAAAACAAACCGAGGAAGAGGAAGCUGAGGACGAAGAAACGGGACGCAGCCUCAAAAGAUCGAAGCAACACAGUUUCUCGGGUCAAAACGCUGCUCAACAACCAGCUCGAGGAAGAUCAAAGAAUUCCAUUAAAGCAACGGCAUCUAGAAGGGGCGCACAAAAAUCCCGUCUGCCUGGUCAACCAGCCAGCCCACAGACAAAUACAACCUUGGACUCUCAGAAAAGCCAGUCCUUGAAACGGAAAUCGUGCGCUGAGGUUCUACCACCGCCAAUUCGGCGCCGAUCACAACGGCUACAAGCACGGUUACAAAAACGUUUAUAG